AUCUCACUCUGCUCUACCUGCAGCGGAGUGUUUUGUCAUAUAUGCCACCUGCUGUUUGGCGUCUCCACCUGAAGGUGGACAUCAACGCUCCAAUUCUUACAGCACAUCCAUUGCAGGUCUGAAGUAACAGGUGGAUGGAUUUUAGAAGCAGGAGUUUCCACUGGAGGCCUAACUGGAUAUUGCUAUGAUUUUAUGAUGAGCUGCUGUGAAGUCGCCCACCAAGCUCUGGCUCCUUUCUUUCUGUUUUGUGCCUCUACGAACUCCCCAUGUUCUUGAUGUCCAAAGGCGCUGGAUUUUAGAACGGGUCUGAGCCCGACUCUGGCCGACUUCCACCUGCAGUGCUUCCCACCCUACUCUGUGGGACAGUCGAAGGGGAACAGGGCGCCAUGCCCACUAUGCCCAAUCUCAACAGCCUGGGCAAGCUGUGCAGCUCCAGCCGCAGCCACAGUGUCCACCGUGUCCACCGCGUCCGGGUGAAGCGCAAGAGCUCGGUCAAGCGCAUGUCCAUUAUCGAAGAUGGGCACGUGGCUGAGGUCCUGUACCUCAUUCCUAAACAAUACAUGGAGCAGCUGCCCUACCUCGACCCAAAUGAUUAUUAUCUGAGUGAGAGGCUGAACGAGGUCACUACAGUGGCUCAUGCACAGGACACACACCACCACUCCACAGAGAAGCCCCUGAUUCAGUGCUACAAGUGCGGGGAGCCAUGUAAGGGCGAGGUGCUGCGGGUGCAGAACAAGCACUUCCAUCUCAAGUGCUUCACCUGUAAAGUAUGUGGCUGUGACCUCGCCCAGGGGGGCUUCUUCAUGAAGAAUGGAGAUUAUCUGUGCACGCUGGACUACCAACGCAUGCACGGCACACGCUGCAAUGGCUGUGGGGACUUUGUGGAGGGGGAAGUGGUCACAGCCCUGGGCAAGACCUACCACCCUGCCUGCUUCGUCUGCACCAUCUGCAAACGACCGUUCCCCGCCGGGGACAGGGUGACCUUUAAUGGGAAGGACUGCCUGUGUCAGUACUGUGUCGAGCCCAUGUCUCCGGGACCAAAGGACGUCCUGGGCUCCAGCAAUUGUGCAGGAUGUGGUCGAGACAUUAAGAACGGACAGGCUCUUCUAGCAUUGGACAAACAGUGGCAUCUGGGCUGCUUUAAGUGUAAGGCCUGCACCAAAGUGCUGACCGGGGAGUACAUCAGCAAGGACGGCGCCCCCUACUGUGAGAAGGACUACCAGAUCCAUUUUGGAGUUCAGUGUGAGGCGUGUCAUCAAUUCAUCACAGGGAAGGUGCUAGAGGCAGGAGAUAAGCACUACCACCCCAGCUGUGCGAGAUGCAGCAGGUGCAAUCAGAUGUUCACAGAAGGAGAAGAGAUGUAUCUGCAAGGAUCAACAGUGUGGCAUCCUGGCUGCAAGAACACCACCAGAACAGAGGAGAGACACAGGGAGCGGCCUACGAGGUCGUCAUCCGAGAGUAUUUGUUCCAGACCUGGUUCAAGCAUACCUGGCUCACCGGGUCACACGAUAUAUGCAAAAGUAGACAAUGAGAUCCUUGAUUACCGAGACCUAGCUGCCAUUCCAAAAGUCAAAGCCAUUUAUGACAUUGAGCGCCCUGAUCUUAUUACCUAUGAACCUUUGUACACCACCUCCCUGGAUGAGAGGGAGGAGAGAGGAGAGAAUGUGGGAGAGCUCCACACUGCCAGGAGGGAGCGUUCCCCCUUGCCCGAUGACAAGUUUUCAAGAAACAUGUCGCCAACCCCACCUGGUGAGGGCUACGACAGGAGGGAACGCAUCCUCCAAAGGUCCACCAGUCAGGGCUCCAUAGGAUCGCCAGUUUAUAAUCGCCAUGGUUACACCCCCACCUUGUCACGGUCACCACAGCAUUUUCACAGGCCAGAGGCUCUGACAGGCAUGCAGAAGCUAUGCUCCUCCUUGUGCAGUAACAGUGUGGGCUCCAGAAAUAGUGACUCCCGCCCCACCUCCCCUUUCAGACACCACUUCCUCCCCCAUAGCCAAGGCACUGACCCGCUGAGUGGCCGGAGUUCCCCCCUCCCGCUCAGGCCCGACAGCCGGCCGGUCACCCCGCCUCUCUCUCUGACCCCUAAACAUUUCCACCUCCCAGAUCAGGGGAGCAACAUCUACAGAAAACCACCCAUCUACAAACAACAUGAAGGGAGGAGACGAUCCAGAGAAGAGGACGAGGAAGAGGCCUUGAAAAGAAAGCAGCUCCACGAGGAACAUCUCAGCAAGAUUCAGUCUGGUUUGGGGAAGCUCAUACUGAAGGAGGAGAUGGAAAAAGAGGAGAUCAGGGAGCGUCACGCACGUAGCCUCUCUGCUCAGCGCUACGACCCCAAACAGACCAACUGUGACGCAGAUCCAACUUCUCCAACCAAAACUAACUCUCUGCCUGGCUACGGAAGGAAUGGGCUGCACCGGCCCCAGUCAACAGAUUUCACCCAGUACAACAGCUAUGGUGACAUGUGUGGAGGAGGCAGAGAGUUCCAGCACAUUAAGGAUGGCCGAGCAGCACUUGCAAGGAUGGACAGGGGAGUAUCUAUGCCUAAUAUGUUGGAACCAAAAGUGUAUCCCUAUGAAAUGCUCAUGAUAACCAGUAGAGGGAGAGCUAAACUGCCCAGGGAUGUGGACAGAACCAGACUGGAGCGCCACUUAGCACCUGAAAAGUUCUUUGACAUCUUUGGAAUGGAGAUCCAGGAGUUUGACAGGCUUCCCCUGUGGAAACGCAACGACAUGAAAAAGAAGGCCAAGCUCUUCUAGCACUCAGAGCAGCAUGCACAUACUGUACAUUCAUUCAGAUAGCACACAACAACUGUAAUCUAGAUGUAGGUUUUGGUUUAUUUCCUAUUUCUUCUGGGUUUUUUGUUGUUGUUUUUUUUGUUUUAUCCUGGCAUAACCAAGGAAGCCAUGGAAUGGACUCUUUUUUUUGCUCUGAUGCUUCCUGAGACUGCGGCCUGAAUGAUUUUGUCCAGUUGGACUUGCACAGGAAACAAGGAAUGGGAAUCUCUUCCAUGUUCAAAAAUGACAAAGAAUGAAAAUGAAUGGUAAAUAGGGUCAUGUUAUUUGGUUUGACUGCGCUCGUUUUACUUCUUGCUUUGCUUUUGAGUGGAACUGCUUUCCUUUCUUAUUUGCUUGUUUCUUCCUACUAUUUGUUGCUGUUUGAUUCCUGUGGAACUUUGUAAGUACAGUAGAACCUCAUGGCGCCAUUACGAAAUGUCCAUGCUCGUAGCUUGAACAUGUGUCAGCUUUCCUUCGCUUGGGCUGAAAGAGUUUUAGUCCAAAGUUCGCAAGAAUCGGCUCAGUGAGUCUUUGAAUAAUAAACAUUUAAAAAGAAAAGACACUGGAAAAAGCAGUCAUCUCACUCAUCAACUGUUUUAACGGAUCUACAUGGAAAUGAAUCAUCUGAGCACCUACAUAUCGCCAGUCUCCUUUCCCUGGCUCCUGUGUAUGCCAAACAUUCAUCUUGACCCUGACAAAAAAGAAAAUGUCUCUCUUCUCAGGCUCUCAUUAACAUGGCCAGACACUUUCCCUUUACAUGUAUUGGAAGUACAAAUCUUAAUAUAUUUUAGUGCCGUAUCCAACAUACAGUAACCAACAAAUAGAUAAAACACCUAAUGGGAGAAGCAACUGUAUUUGAAAGUACUGUUUUAUAAAAACCCACACUGCCAUUUGUUGUAUUGAAAUCGAAGCCAAUAAAGCUUUAAAUCACCAUGAACCAUAUGAUCCUCAGCUAUACCAAAGGUA